AUGGCCCUAAUCGACGACGAAGAAAUCCAGCUCUCACCCGAGGCGCAGGAAGCUCUUCGUGCGUUCCUCAGCGAGAAGGAUGAGCGCCAGAGUCGUUUUGAGGCGUUGAAGAAAAAGGCGGAGGACGAGGAUGUCGAGAGAAGGAAGAUCGUCACCAUAAGUGACUUCGAAGAGGAUUGGCAGCACUCUCAGUUCUGGUACGAUCACACUACAGCGCAACAGUUUGCGGAGGAGCUACUGGACGGUGCGACGGAUGAGACCGUGAUCGGGAUUGUCUCGGCUCCUAGCGUGUUUGUGAAGAUACAGGAAAUGAAGAACGCCGGAAAAGUGUCAAAGGGCAUCCAAGUCCACCUCCUCGAAUUUGACGACCGAUUCGACCUAUUCGACGAGUUUGUGCACUACGAUUUCAAAUACCCCCUCCGACUUCCCGAGUCACUGAAGGGCAAGUUUGAUCGCAUCAUCCUCGACCCACCUUUUCUUAGUAAUGACUGCCAGACCAAAUCGGCUCUCACUGUCCGAUGGAUGAUGAAACCCUGGACUCCCAGUAAUCGCCUAAUUGUUUGCACGGGAGAGCGAAUGCAGGGACUAGUGGAGAAGCUCUAUAAGCAUGCUGGAAUCCGAACGACCACCUAUGAAGUCCGUCAUAUGAAAGGACUUAGUAAUGAGUUCCUUUGCUACUCGUCUUUUGAGAGUAAAACCUUCACAUGGGAGCAUAUUGAUACUAAGAAGAGAGAAAGCGAUUUUUAA